AUGUUUUAUAGCCACGAAAUUCUAACGAGCCGCCAAUUUGGCGUUGCUACCAUUUGGCUCGUCGCGACCGUCGGUACUGGAAAAGGUACGAAGAGGGUUACCCGAAAAGCCAUACAAGAGGUUGAUGUCCAGAGAGCAUGUGGAAAGAUCAUCGAACCGGGAGCACCAGUGGCUUUGCGCCUUCAAGGCCAACUCCUUUAUGGUGUAUCUCGCGUCUAUAACCAGCAAGUUUCAUAUAUGCUGGCUGAUCUACAGAAGGUCCAGACGCACAUACACCUCUUCUAUACCCAGUUCGGUCACAAUCAACUUGAUCCAGAAGCAGGUCAAACAAGACCGGAGAACCUUUUGAUUAUGAAUGACCCAAACUUUGUUCCAGAUAUGCAACUUCCCCAAUUCGAUCUAGACGCUCUUGUAGCCGACAGUCAACGAACAAACAAGACCUCGUCCCAGAUGUCUCCCUUUGGCGAUUCCUAUUCUUCAAAUUCGGUUGGUUCGGCCGGCUCUAGACUGGGAUUCGACAUGCAAAUCGAUCUUCCACAUUCAGAUUCACCUAGGCCUCGACGCUCCGUCUACGGUCUCCAGGGUCUUUCUUCCUCCCACAAGCCAGAAAGCGAGCAUCUUCUUAUCAACCCAGACGAGAAUUUCAGUGGGAGAGGGGAUUGGGGAAUGGACAUUGAUGAGAACGGUGAAAUUAUUGAGAGAGCGGAACCUGUCAUUGUCCAGGAUGAGUUCGAUCUUCCGCCAUUACCAAGAAUAGAGGGCGAUGACCAAAUAUAUGAGAUCCAGGAGCAACAGGAGGAGCAGCCGAUAGUCGACGAAAAUGGCGAUGUUUUCAUGAUGGACAGACCACUACCAGAAGAUGGCCUCCUCCCGGAACGUCAACUGCAAGAUGCUCAUAAUUCCUUCCGAUCUGAUACGCAACUGCAGCAGGCAACUGCUCGACGUAAGAGAAAGGCCCGCAUCUUGCAAGCUGACGAGGAAACAGAGGUUCCUAGAACCGUCAUGACCAAUUGGCAAAAGAAUUAUCUGACGAACUGCACUGUAAAGAAGCCAAAGCCAAUGGGGGCAGCGAUAUCAAGGGCCAACGCCAUGCUGUUGACGUUUGGCUUUGGACUAAGCAACGUCGGCAAACCCAUUGGUCUUCCUGGAGUUGUUCAUCCCCUAGCUCUUGACUUUUCGGGGGAUAAGUUAUUCACUGCUUUGACUGGCCUCGAGGUUAUCGAGCAGUCUCGUGGUAGACGUCGGGCUGCGUCCGAGUUGAUUGAAGAUGAAGAUGAAGGCCAACGCCGAGUCCGUCCACGACUCGAAGAUGACGCAGUACAGCAAGGCUGGGGUCUAGAGAGCGACGGCAUCUUAGGCGGAGACAACAUGCAACCGGUCCACAGUUCUCCUGAACUUGGCCGAGAGGCUCCAGCCCCCAUGUCUGAUCACCUCUCCUCGGCCUUGCGCAUGCCCUGGAACCAGGUCUCCUCCGUGCCAGGCUCUUCAAUCCGCGGCUCUGCCCAAAAAGGCCGCGCCCUAUCCAGCCCCCUUGGAAACCGCCAUGGCAUUCAAGAUAUUGUUCAUUAUGAUGAUGGCCCAUCUUUCGGUGAUGAAGACUUUGGCCUCGGCGGUCGUCUGCACUUGCAGGACGACUCAUUCCAAGGCAUUCGGCUCGAGGAAGAAGGCGGUGCACAGACGCAGGGUGACGGCGAGGGGGCAGAUCUAGAUAUUCAAAGUCGCAAUUUUCUCGCCUUCAUGGACUCGGCGGUGCGCGAGCACGGCGAGCGUCGCGAGGACGAGGACUAUGAGAUAAAUCGCCGAUGGGUUGCGCUCAACGAUAUAUUCGUGCCCAAGGACACGAGCCGUGCGACCGCCGCGCAGGCUUUCUACCAUACGCUGUCUCUCGCAACGCAGGGCAAGGUUAAGGUCUCCCAAGACGAGGACUCGAUGAAGCCGUUCGGGGAAAUCUGGGUUGGUUUCAGGCUGUGA